GUUGAACAUUUUGUCGACAUCUUCUUUCCAUAAGAAGAACUUGCAGUCUGAUCUCUGCAAAAGCCAACAACACCUCAGUUAAUCAAUCAAUUCAGUUCAUGAAAAAUACUUGGAGUUAAGGUGUUUAUAUCCAUUAACCCAAAAACAUCCCAAAUUUAAUAUUCACAUGUCUCCAUGAACAAACCAUACCAUCCAAGUGAGAAACACAGCUUCAAUCAGAUGAGAUGAAUCUCUCAAUUUUGGCGCGAGCCUCCAUUCUCUCAUCUACACUCACAUCAAGAACCCUCAAUCGCACCAUUCCCCACAGACCCAUUUCAUCUUCUUCACUUUCCUACACACCCACUUCACCAAACCCUAAAACCCCAUUAUUCCUCCGCCCCCCAAUCUUCACAGCCACCCUAACAGACCUCAAGAAGUUUCAAACUUGGGCCCAAACCCUAGCCUCCUCAGUGGGUUCAUCCUUCACAGAAUCAGACAACGGCCCAUGUUCCGAAAUCUUGCACAGAGAACUCAACUGGCUCAUCCAAGAUUCUGUACAAACCCCUGAUAUAUUAUCACUUAACAGUGACUCUAAAACUGAUGCAGUUGUGAAACUAAGAGCUGAAUUGGGUGAUCUUUACUUGUUGUGGAAACAGAGGAUUGAAGAAAGGAGACCUUUUCAGUAUGUUGUGGGGUGUGAGCAUUGGAGAGAUUUGGUGUUGAGUGUGGAAGAAGGGGUGUUGAUUCCAAGGCCUGAGACUGAGUUGAUGGUUGAUUUGGUUGAGGGUGUGGUGAAGGAGAGGGUGGGGUUGAAAAGGGGUUUGUGGGUUGAUCUUGGAACUGGGAGUGGGGCUAUAGGGAUUGGGAUUGGAAGGGUGUUAGGGGAUGAAGGGAGAGUUGUUGCAGUUGAUGUUAGUCCUGUUGCUGUUCAAGUUGCUUUGUUUAAUGUGAGAAGGUAUGGUUUGGAGGAUAAAGUUUCUGUAAAGCAAGGGUCAUGGUUUGAACCGUUGAGCGGGUUAGAAGGUCAAAUUUCAGGGCUUGUAAGCAAUCCUCCUUACAUACCAAGUGGACACAUUAGUGGGCUCCAAGCUGAAGUUGGUAGACACGAACCGAUACUGGCAUUAGACGGUGGUGAAGAUGGCAUGUCUGAUCUUCUGCAUCUUUGCAAUGGUGCUGCUUCUAUGCUAGAACCUGGUGGAUUCUUCGCCUUUGAGACGAACGGUGAAGAUCAAUGCAGGUUUCUUGUAGAUCAUAUGGAAUCCGUUCAUAACAACAGCUUCUGUGAUCUCAAGAUCGUACCAGAUUUUGCCGGAGUCCAGCGUUUUGUAACUGGGUUUAGAUCAUGAAUUAUAAAAAAGAAAAAAAUAUGUACUUGUAAGAUGUAAACAUUAUUGCUGCUCGUGUUUUAGAAGAUACAGAGAGUUUUCAGGUUUACAUGAUAACAUUAUUGAGUGAAGUGCCGUUUUUCAUCCA